AAAUUGAGCUGUUAUGUCUUGACACUAUAUGAAAUGUUUUCUAAGGAUGUAUUUUGACUACUAAUAAAAACUUAUUUUAGAAAAUUUAGGAAAAAGGUAAUAUCUCACCCAUAAUUGCCAUACUCAGAGAUAACAUUUUGAUGCAUAUCCUUCUAGAAAACAACUCAUCAUAGGAAUCAAGCCACAUGAUGUUUUCUAACCAGCAAGCAAAAGCUACCAAGAGAAAACACCAAGGGUCCAGUGAAGCUCCUCCUGCAAAACGGAGGCACGAAACAGCUUUUCUCCCAGCCAAGAAACCUAGUGUUAAAGAAACUCAAAGGACGUUUAAGGGGAAUACGCAAAAAACAUUUUCUCCGAAGAAGUAUUCGGUUAGCACAGGUGGUGGAAAGCAAGAGGAGAGACCAUGCAUUAAGACUUCGUCGUUGUUUAAAAACAACCCUGAAAUUCCAGAGCUCCACAGACCUGUUGUAAAGCAGGAGAGAGAACAAGUGUUCACUCCAGAGUCUUUCCACGAGCUGGGCCUCCACCCACAUCUAAUUUCCACAAUAACUACAGUCUUAAAAAUGUCCAGUAUGACCAGUGUGCAGAAGCAGAGCAUUCCUGUGCUGCUGGAAGGGAGAGAUGCCCUCGUGCGGUCCCAGACAGGCUCAGGUAAAACUCUUGCUUAUUGCAUCCCUGUGGUCCAGUCCCUGCAAGCACUGAAGUCAAAAAUACAGCGCAGCGAUGGUCCCUAUGCUCUGGUGCUAGUGCCAACGAGAGAGCUGGCUCUACAAAGCUUUGACACUGUCCAGAAACUGCUUAAGCCAUUCACCUGGAUUGUGCCUGGGGUGUUGAUGGGUGGAGAAAAGAGAAAAUCAGAAAAGGCCAGACUCCGUAAAGGAAUAAAUAUCCUUAUCUCAACUCCCGGCCGUCUGGUGGAUCAUAUUAAGUCCACAAAAAACAUUCGUUUUAGCCGGAUACAGUGGCUGGUUUUGGAUGAAGCAGACAGAAUCUUGGAUUUGGGUUUUGAGAAGGACAUCACAGUGAUACUUAACGCCCUGAAUGCCGAGUGCCAGAAACGGCAGAACAUCCUGCUGUCUGCAACGCUUACGGAAGGUGUAACGCGGCUAGCUGAUAUCAGUUUGCAUAAUCCAGUCAGUAUUUCUGUCCUGGACAAAAGCCAUGACCACUCUAAUACAGAGGGCAGAGUAGCCCGGGAAGUCGCUCUUCCACAAACUAGCAAUGAGCGGGACAGCUUUGCAAUACCGGAGAGCCUCGACCAGCAUGUGACACUGGUUCCCAGCAAACUGCGGCUUGUCUGCCUAGCAGCCUUUGUCUUACAGAAAUGCAAGUUUGAAAAGGACCAGAAGAUGAUCAUCUUUUUCUCCAGUUGUGAGCUGGUGGAGUUCCACUACACCCUCUUCCUCCACACCCUGCUAAGCAGCUCAGGGGCCCCAGCAUCAAGGCAGUUACCAUCUGCUUCCUCACGAUUAAAAUUCCUGCGGCUGCAUGGCAACAUGAAGCAGGAGGAAAGAACGGCAGUGUUUCAGGAAUUCUCACAUUCCAAAACAGGUGUCCUUCUUUGCACGGAUGUUGCUGCCCGAGGCUUAGAUCUCCCACGAGUCACGUGGAUUAUUCAGUACAGCGCUCCAUCUUCGCCUGCAGAAUACAUCCACCGGAUUGGAAGAACUGCCCGGAUUGGCUGCCGUGGGAGCAGCCUGCUCAUUUUGGCUCCUUCGGAGGCAGAAUAUGUCAACUCGUUGGCUUCUCACAAAAUCAAUGUUUCUGAGAUUAAAAUGGCAGAUAUUUUGUCCGUUCUGGCCAGGGAUGAUGGUUUUAAAAGAAAGCAGAGGGGAAACCAG